UAAAUAGCGAGAAGCAUGAGCUUUCAGUCCGAGAGUCUGGAGGACUACACCCUGGGCCGGAAGAUGGGCUCCGGCUCCUUUGGGGACAUCUACGAGGCCACGCACCGGAAGUCCGGCCUGCAAGUGGCCCUAAAGCUGGAGCGCAGUGAUAUCGCCAAUCCGCAGCUGCUCUUCGAGUACAAACUGUACAACAUCCUGCGCCACGGAAUGGGAAUUCCGCAGGUGUACCACUACCACACGAACCACCGGUUCAACGUGAUGGUAAUGGAGCUGCUGGGUCCCUCGCUGGAGGACCUGUUCGUCCUGUGCCAGCGGAACUUUUCCCUGAAGACGGUGCUCAUGGUGGCGGAGCAGAUGAUCGAGCGCCUAGAGUACGUGCACUCUCAUCGCUACCUCCACCGCGACAUCAAGCCGGAGAACUUGCUGAUGGGUCGCGACGACGCCGGCCACCGGCUCUACCUGAUCGACUUUGGCCUGGCCAAGCGGUACUGGGACGCGGCGACGGAUAAGCAUGUGCGACCCAGGGCGGGCAGCCGACUGACCGGCACCGCUCGCUACGCCUCCAUAAAUGCCCUGCGCGGAGGUCAGCAGUCGCGGCGCGACGACAUCGAGGCCAUGGGCUAUGUGCUCAUGUACUUCCUGCGGGGCAGUCUGCCCUGGCAGGGACUGACGGCCAACCAGAAGCAGCAGAAGCACGAGAUGAUCUGCGAGAUGAAGCUGUCCACGCAGCCGGAGGUCCUGUGCGAGGGCUAUCCGGAGGCCUUCUACCACUUUGUCGGCUACAGCCGGGCCUUGGGCUUCGAGGAGGAGCCGCACUACAAGGACAUUCGGUACACCUUUCUGGCCCUGAUGUACACGCUGAAGUUCCCCAACGACCAGAUCUACGACUGGGACAUCGUCAAGAAGCACAUCCUCGAAGCGGUCGGUGCCAAGGAUCAGGAGGAGGAGGAGGCUGCAGUAGAAAUCGACUAGGUCUGUGGACCAUGUACACCAUGUUGUAUGUUGAAUAAAAACGUCCGACUUUUCCAGUGGCCUGUCAGAAAUGCCAAUUUAAAAUA